AUGGGCAUUCCGCUUAUGUUCGCCUUGAAAGACGUGAUUCUGAAACAGUCAGCGCCGAAAGUUUUGCUCGUCCAGCAGCACGCUGACUUCAUCUUGUCCUACGAGAAGAAGAAAGACGAAUAUGAGUACGUCAUGUCCGAAUUUCUUCGAAUGAGCGGUUUGUACUGGUGUCUAACCGCAAUGGACAUCAUGGGUCAGUUGCAUAAGAUCAACAAGGCCGAAGUGAUCGACUUCGUUCGGCAGUGCUGGCGUGAAUCAGGCGGGUUUGCAGCCAGUAUCGACAACGACGCGCACCUGCUGCAUACACUCAGUGCCAUACAGAUUCUUGCGACUCUGGGACGAUUGGACGUUAUCGACAAGGAACGCGUCAUGAUGUACAUUCAACAACGCCAGAAUGAAGAUGGAAGCUUCUCAGGCGAUGAAUGGGGCGAAGUUGAUACGAGGUUUUCGUUUUGUGCCAUUGCAGCUCUCGCCUUGUUGAAUCGCCUGGACGCGAUCGAUCUCGAUAAGGCGGUCGACUACGUGUUGCGCUGCAAGAAUUUCGAUGGCGGCUUUGGCAGUGUGACCGGUUCUGAGUCGCAUGCCGGGCAGAUCUACUGUUGCCUUGGAACCCUGUCCAUCGCUAAUGAGUUGAAUCGCCUGAACGCUGAUCAGCUUGGCUGGUGGCUCUGCGAAAGGCAGUGCACCUCUGGAGGCUUGAAUGGGCGACCAGAGAAGCUCCCGGACGUUUGCUAUUCAUGGUGGGUUUUAGCUUCGUUGUCGAUCAUUGGCAGGAAAGAGUGGAUCGACAAGACGCGUCUUACAAGUUUUAUUCUUGCCUGUCAAGAUGAAGAAACGGGUGGCUUCGCGGACCGGCCUGGUGACAUGCCUGAUCCGUUCCAUACGUUAUUCGGUCUUGGAGGGUUAUCGCUGCUCGGUGAUUCAAGCCUUAAGCGAGUGAAUCCUGUUUUGUGCAUGACUGAAGAACGUCUACGUAGCUGUGGUGUCAAGCUACAAUACCUGUACGUGUAG